GUGUAGUGUAAUUACAGAGUGUAUAGCAGACUUGCUCCACUCAAUACUCAGCCUGCCACAUCACUAUGGACACAACAGAAUACAAGACUGUUUUAGCUGUUUUUACCCUCUUCAAUGUUCUGGUGAUAUGCUGGUGUGCCCCUCAACGGUUCUGCGAGCCUGGACACGAGGCUCUGGGAAGAUGCAACAACAGUCCAGCUGAAGAAAAACCGGUGUGUUCAGAGAUUAACCUGGGUUACUGCAACGACCUGGACUACUCCAGGACCAUCUUCCCUAACAUCCUAGGUCAGCGGUCUCGUCAUGAGGUGGAGUCUGGAGCUGAGUACCUCCUCCUGUCUGUGGUCCAUGGUCUCCUCAACGGGGAGUGUUCCCCUGACAUCCGUCUGCUGGGGUGCUCCGUCCUCGCCCCGCGCUGCCAGGACCUACCCAGCCCCGCGCCCGUCAAGUCGUGCCGCAGUACGUGUGAGGCGGUGAGGAAGGGGUGUGGCCAUGCGUUCGAGGGCAUCGACAUGGCGUGGCCUUACUUCCUAGACUGUGACCGGUUCUUCGCCAGCGAACAGGAAGGCUGUCACGACCCGCUGGCCCCGUUAAGAGCCAGACAGGAAGUGGCUUUCUCCAACCUGUCUCCAGACGAACCCUCCACCAUCAUUCAGUUCACAUACCACUCCAACGCCCAGAUGUACAGCGUUCUGAAGAGGACCGCUGCCAAGUGCUCCCACAUCUCCAAAACCUACAGUAUCGGACGCAGCACAGAGGGGAAAGACCUCCUGGCCAUAGAGUUCACAGACAACCCCGGAGGGCACGAACUACUGGAACCAGAGAUCAAGCUGGUUGGCAACAUGCAUGGCAACGAGGUCCUGGGUCGCCAACUGCUGCUCUACCUGGCCCAGUACCUGUGUUCCGAGUAUCUCCUUGGCAACCAGCGCAUCCAGACGCUCGUCAACACCACGCGCGUCCACAUCCUGGCGUCCAUGAACCCCGACGGUUAUGAGCUGGCGGCCGCCGAGGUAGAGGCUAGCAACGACCCGGAACAACAACCACACUACAACCAGGAAGGUCACGAGCUCAACGGUUGGACGGUGGGUCGCACCAACGCUCAGAACCUAGACUUGAACCGGAACUUUCCUGACCUGACUUCUAUUCUCUACCGGAAUCGCAGGAUCAAAGGGUUCCGCACCGACCACAUCCCCAUCCCAGACUCUUACUGGUUUGGUAAGGUAGCUUCAGAGACCUAUGCAGUGAUGAAGUGGAUCAGGUCUGUGCCGUUUGUCCAGUCUGCUAGCCUCCAUGGUGGAGAGCUGGUGAUCUCUUAUCCCUUUGACUUCUCCAGACACCUCCAUGAAGAGAGGAUGUUCUCCCCUACACCUGAUGAACAGGCGUUUAAGCAGCUGGCCCGGACGUACGCAGACUCUCACGCCAGCAUGGCCGACAACAACACAGAGAGGUGUGGAGCGUCCUUCAUCAGGAGCGGAGGCAUCAUCAACGGAGCUCUGUGGUACAGCUUCCCAGGGGGUAUGUCAGACUUUAACUACCUCCACACUAACUGUCUGGAGAUCACGGUGGAGCUGGGCUGUGACAAGUUCCCUUCUGAAGAGGAGCUCUACCCAGAGUGGCUCAGGAACAAGGAGGCCCUGCUCAGUUUCAUGGAGUCGGUCCACAGAGGUAUAAAGGGAGUGGUGAAGGAUGAGGAGGGCUAUGGAAUAAAGGGAGCGUCCAUAUCUGUCAGGGGAAUACGUAAAGAUGUCACCACAGCGGAGGAUGGUGAUUACUGGAGGUUAAUGAACUCAGGAACCCACAUCAUAACAGCGUCAGCUAAAGGUUACUCCAAGGUCAGCAAGAGAAUUUACCUGCCUGCUCACAUGGAUAAACCUGGCCGGGUCGACUUCGUGCUCAAAAAGGUCCCUGUCCAGCCAGUAGGACCAGACUACCACCUGUUCCUCAGCUCCUCCCUGGACACCUACGACCGCUUCGACCCCUACAACCAGUUCCAGCGCUACGGCCGCGCCGAGCCGGGAGAACCGGGAGAACCCAGGGAACCGGGGAUGGGAGGAGAGCGUCAGGAGAAGCCGUGGUGGUGGAAUUACUUUACCCAGGCAGGGGUCUCAGCUCCCACCUGGCUGCUACGCAACUAGAGGACUGGACAGGAUAAAGACUAGACUGAAAUGGCACACUAUUCCCUUAUUUAGUGCACUACAUUUGACCAGAGCCCACAGGGCAGAGGGCAGGGGUCCUUCCUUGUAGUAUGCAUCCCAAAUGGCACCCCUUUUCCUUAUAUAGUGCACCCUAUUCCCUAUAUAGUGCACAGCUAUAUAGGACUAUUUGGAAUGCCUCCUACAAGUAGAGGCAUGAAUUGGUUCUCAAUCUUUUUUGGUUUCUGUCCCCCGUCACAUUUAGCUCUGGCCGGAGUACCACCAACGUUCCCCUCAUGUUACCAGAAGGCCUGUGUUCUGAUCAGUCUUCCUAAGUAAGCUACGCCCGGUAGAUAGGACAGGUUCCCCCGUCCCCCAGGGGUACACCUACCUCCGCUAUGGACAGGAGUCUGAACAUGUGUUGUGUCCUGACCAGGGAAGACUCUGGGCUCCCAUUCAGAUAUUGGGUGUUCUAUUUAGAAUGUUUCAUUAACUCAUUCUAAUCACAACGUUCUGCCUUUCUCAGUGUUCUAUUUAGAAUGUUUCAUUAAGUCAUUCUAAUCACAACGUUCUGCCUUCCUCAGUGUUCUAUUUAGAAUGUUUCAUUAAUUAAUUCUAAUCACAACGUUCUGCCUUCCUCAGUGUUCUGUUUAGAAUGUUUCAUUAAUUAAUUCUAAUCACAACGUUCUGCCUUCCUCAGUGUUCUGUUUAGAAUGUUUCAUUAAGUCAUUCUAAUCACAACAUUCCUCCUCUGAGUUCUGCCUUCCUCAGUGUUCUAAUAAUGCUUCUGUUUCAAUGUCUUUCUGUUACAACAAGUAGACUUGAGGAUCUAACAGGUUGGGACACACACAAACUCCUCUUUGCCUCUUAGUGGGGCUCAUUUGUCAUUUUUAAGGAUUGGGGGCAAAUUCUAAACACACAGACAGCUGGUGAAGACUUACUGCCUUCAGGACUCAGCAUGUCUAAAGAUACUCCGCUCCUCUGCCCCCC